AUGUCUCAUGCACUCUCAUCCUCUGAACGCAAUUAUUCCGCUACCAAGCGUGCACUUCUAGCCGCCAUGCUUGCUUUACGAACAUUCCAUCAAUCUUUGUGGGAUAACACAUUCACUUUAUAUACCAAUCAUCCAGCUCUAUGCUAUCUACAUACUACAAAGUUCAUUAAGAAGAAGCUUGAAGGUGCCAGCCGUGAUUGGGAUUACCAACCUCGCACACAGUUGCAUAUCUCGAAACGCUCGCAAUCGUCGCCUUUCUCGCUCAUGCUCACUCGUAACGUAAACGCAUUACGUGAAUACCGCAAGGACACAUCGACACCUGUUACUUCCAUGUCGUACGAAGAAUUCGUCAAUCGACUCGGGCACAUGCAAAGGCAACCUGAUAUUGCUCACAACGCCAACAAUACUACGUCACACAAACGCAAGGCACAUGGCCAAAGCACAGGCCAACGUCGAUCCAAACGUAACAAGCAAUAA